AUGAAGUACCGAGAUCAGUCAGGGGUCUUAAGACUGGUAAAGCACCAGGAUUUGGCUACCACCAUCGACACGCUGACACCUUUGAUUGGCAAAAACUGGACCAGUCAGAAGCUUCCGGAGGACUGGAACAGGGGCCUUCUUAUAACUGUGCCCAAAACAGGUGAUCUAAGUGAUUGCAGCCAUUGGAGAGGUAUCAACUUGCUCUUGGCCCCUUCCGAAGUGUUCUGCGCAAUUAUCUUGCACAGGUCGUCUGCAGCCGUCGAGCCUAACCUUCGCAUAGAACAAGCUGGCUUCCGGCCUAAUCGCUCGUGUACCGACCAAAUUAAUACUCUUCGUAUCACUCUCGAACGGGCAUCAGAAUGGCUGGGGGAGAUUUAUCUUACCUUUGUUGACUUUGGAUGGCUGAGAUGGAGCAGCAUAUGGUCACGACUAUCUAACAUUGGUGUCCCGCCAAAGAUAAUUAACCUAGUAAAGGCCAGCCUCGUCUCAGACGAUAUUCAAGUGCCUCGCCACUACUUUCUCAGGUUGUUACCGACGGGAUUAUGCAUCGCACACAUCAGAACAAGCACCGCGGAAGUAUGGACUGCACCCCAUUACGGGUAA